AUGGCUCUGAGGCAGAGCACGCAGCUCGGCGCGGCCACCGCGUUCUUCGGCGUGCUCUCCUUCGUCCUCGCCAUCGUCGCCGAGCUCAAGAAGCCGCCGUACGGGACACCGAUCAGAGGCGCGGACGUGGUCGUCUGCCGGUUCCCGCCGGACCCGACGGUGGCGCUUGGCGUCCUCUCGGCGCUCGCCGCCGCGUGCUGCGCCGGCAUCGGCGCCGUCUCCGUCUUCUUCCCCUACAAUGGCCGGCCCAUCCCGAGGAAGGCCCUCUUCGGCUACACCCUGCUCCACGUCUUCUUCCACCUCGCCAUAGGUAUCACGGUGACCGGUGUGGCGAUGACGGUGUGGGCGACGGCGACGGAGGCCGUGCACCACGUCCGGAACGUGCACCGCGACCUCAGCUACGCCUGCCCGACGGCCAAGACCGGGAUGUUCGGCGGCGCGGCGUUCGUCAACCUCGACGCCUCGCUCUUCUGGCUCGUGUGCUUCAUGCUUGUCGGCAACGUUAGGGACGACUACUUCGACGACCAGGAGCAAGGCGGCGAGGCCCGCGGCGGAGGCGGCAGCGCGGGGCACGAGGAGAAGUGA